AUGCGGUGUUUCAAUGAAAUUUUUCCAAAUGUCAGCUCGAAAUCAGCGCAUUUAACGGCAACUGCUGCAAUUUUGGGAGCAAUUUUGGUUGGAGGAGUCAUCAAAACCGCGAAAAGUCUUUGUGUAAAUUGAUGAUUACUUUUUGUGAUGUGAUUUCCCUUUCUUUAGAGGACAAAUGAGCUCAAAUCCAGGGUGAAACGGCGCCUUCUGAAGAGAGAAAAAGAAUUCGAUCGAAUUCGGCAACUUACAGCCGACAUUCCCGACGACUUUGUGGACGAAAUUUUGAACAAAACAAUGGAAGAAAUUCUUGGUAUGUUACAGUAUCCCAUAAAGUGAUACGACUUCAUAAAAAAGUCGAAAAGGAAAUUGCAUUGGCCGGGAAUCGAACCCGGGUCGCCCGCGUGGCAGGCGAGCAUUCUACCACUGAACCACCAAUGCACACUUCCCUUCCUAUUCAUUUCACUUCUCUUUUCAGACGGACUUCGAGCGGGCGAAUGGAAAUGUCUUCAAAUUUUGCGGGUCUUCCAAAAAGCUGCGUUGAGAGCGCAGGAAAAAACAAAUUGUAUCGUGGAGUUCCUGGAGGUAAGGAGGAUAGGGGAAAAAGGGUAUAGAUUUCGUAUUAUACUAUAUUAUCCAUCACGAUCAAGCCCAAAUCCGAGGAAAAACGGAAAAGAAAAGAAACCAAAACACGAUAAACUUAUGAAAUCCAAAAGAACAAGAUACGAAGAGAGAGAAAUUCAUUUUAAAAUAUACAAACAAUUCGAAAAUUAAUCAAAUAUCAAAAGUAUAGUAAUAUAUCGCACGAAUCAUAACAAUAUCGGAAUAUAAUAUAGUAAAUCACAAUUCAAAGUCUUGCUAGCAGUAGUAAUAGUAUUUCGGAAUAAAUUUUCUUCUCUAAUGCCUUAUGAUAUAAGGUAAUAUAUAUAAAAUUUCUAGGACUCUAGGUUUCAUUGGGCAUCGUCGUUGUGGCCACAGUAGGGAGGGAGCACUCCCCUAAAGCCAGUUUGGCCCCAGUAUCUACACCACUUUUUGUGGUGUAGGCCCCAUGGUCUGGUUUACUGUCCGAGCCAGGGAUGUCAAGGAGGGUCUAUCCCCACCUAUCUUGGGAUGUUUCCCGUCGGUUCAAGCGGCGGACUUCUCGUUUCGGCCGGUAUUGCCGCCUAGCCGGUCGUGGCUUAUAUCUGCUUCACCGCGAUUCUCCUUUCACUACUCCUUGUUGAUCGAAAAUGCUGGGAAAAGUGGGAUGACUUUCUGGGAGUAUCGGUUAUAACAAAAAAAAAACAAAAUAAAAACUGUAUAUUUGAUGCGAUUUUGCCAUCCCCCUACUUUGAGCGCACUGCUCAAAACUUACCUCUACGAUCCUCCGCAAACUUACAUAGUGAAGCUGAAAUUUCAAAGUGGUUUUGACCUCAUAACCCGGGCUACGUCUCGUGGGACGUUUUAAGCCGGAACCAUAGUGCCGACCGCGGUAUAGAGGCGAGCUUUCGCUACAUUACCCACGUUGGGGACCUCGUUCACCCGCCUUAACUUCGGACCAGCACACGGGCCCCCGCUCAUGGCUGCUUGGAGGGGAAAGAGGACUCUCGGCCGAGCGCCCCAGGUCUCGGCACCACCGAUUACCGAACUCUGCGGCGUACCGGUGGCUCCAGCUUGGUUUAUCCAAAACAGCCGUCAUCACAGGGUUAGGUCGAUUUUUAAAGGUUUGGCCAAAGGCCUUGAACAUGCAUCCAAUCGGUCGACCGAUCUUCCACAUCAACAGCCUCCGCUCGUUUCGGAAGAUGGCAAUUCGCAAUAUACUUUAAACCUUUUUGGUUGUUAUAACCGAUAGCCCAGCGUUCGUCCCACUUUUCCCAGCAUUUUCACAAGGACUAGUGAAAGCAGAGCCGCUGAUCCGCCUUGGGUACCAGUUCCGGGUCAACGGAACCCGGGGUACUCCGAUUACCAGCCCUUGGUCACCUCCGGUACUAGUCCCAAGUAUAAGAGGGAGUUCAACUCUCCCGACACCCAAGGCCGAACAGCUCCGAGACCCCCGACUCCCCCUCUACUGUGGUCACAAUUUUGAUACCCCGAAACUAGAACCCCACUUCUCGUUUUUUAUAAAGGCUUUUGGCCUUGAUAGAGCAGAAAAAAUUCUCCGAUUACUAGUACUGACUACUUUACAAUAAAGAACAAAGUUAUCCUAUACAAUAAUGUAUUCCACAACCAAUAAACAAAUUACCAGUUCAUUAUUGGCGAUGUUGUCCAAACUUCAGUUUCACUUGUUGUAAAUGGAGGUCCUUUGUGGUCGGUAUGUUGCUGUUGCAGUUGAGGUCCAUAAUUGGUUGACAUUUGACGAGAAGUUGAAGAGGAGAGGAACUUGAAGUGCUGAUGUGACGAUGCGAUGGAACCUGUAAAUAGACAAUAAAAUUAACGUCUACAACAAUAUGAAGCUCUUAAGAGGGUAAAACCACCCAUAAAUAAGUAACAAGUGCUGUGGACGCAGCUCGGCAAAAACAAAACAAAGGUUUCCAAGCUGCGCCCUCUGCCCCAGCACUUUCUUCGAAAUUCGACUUUUUACCUAAAUAUCGAAGCAACAAACAAAAAAAACUUACAAGAAUUUCUGAUGCUUUUGUGAUUCUCCUGAGCGACGGCCAGAAAAUUCGAAGAUAGUGAAGUAUGAUGCAUUGAAACGAUACGAACUGGUGAUGAUGGAACAGAGCUCUGUGGAGAAAUGAACGAAUUCAGUAUUCAGAGGAGACUGAUUGGAAGCUCUGAAAUCAAAAACAUCAUAAACUUGAGCAAAUUUUAUAUUAUAAUAAUCUAAAACAAGAGGAAAUUCAAACUCUUACCGUAUAUAAAUCUCCGAGAAGUGAUGAGUUAAUUGGAUCCAACGAGAAGAGAAGGACGGUCAUCGUGGAUUAUUGAAAAAAAAAUCCGACGUCAAAAAGUCGGCUGCCGCACAAUACAACACGAAAAUCGUGGAACGGACGGCAAGAACGGCAACGCCAACGCGAAAUUUGUCCACGUUUAUGCAAAUGAUCAUCGAUGUUACUGUGAAACCCUUGGCGUUCUGAUUUUUUCGUGGAGGGACUCACCGGAGGGGCUAGUACAAGCGGAAAAAAUUAUAUCCGUUCAUAACUUGUUACAAUACUAUGUCGCCUGAUAAAAGCCAACAACAAGGCACGAGACAUUUGAAGAAAAUAUUGUUUUGCCUCGUUUUCGUAUUUUUGUUUUUUAUGGCAUGAAUAAUAUUUUAUGAAGGAAGACUCGUCGUUUACAUCGUUUUUGACCGUUUAGUUUUUGUUUGAUUGCUGUAUGUAUUCUCUUCCAAAAAAAAAUUUGUAUUUUCAGGAGGCAGAUAAACGCGCUGAGGCUCUAGAUGCUGCUGGAUCCGACCCGGAAUACAAGAAACCCCAACUCUUUGGUUUGCCAAUUAGUAUUAAAUCUUGUAUAGCGGCAAGUUUUAUUUAUAUUUUCGAAUAUAUAGCUCGGGAUUUGGAAAUCUCUCCAUCCGAACCCUGCAAAUUUAGUACGACUUGCGCAAUCUGACAUAACAUUGCGCAAUUUCUACAUUUGUAAGAAUUUCUGCCGCCUCCUCUUUUUUUUGUCAACUUUUAGCUUUGGACUAAAUUUGCAGGGUUCGUGUGGACCCUUGCGGGGAGAUUUAGAAGUCCCGAGCCAUAUAUUUCCUAGCAAAUUCGAGUGCAAUAUAAAUUUCUCUUAUUUUAGGUACAGGGCCACGAUUUAUUCUCCGGAUAUGCGGAUAAUUUGGAGAAACCGCAAGCCGAAGACUCCCUGCUCGUCCAGGAACUCCAAGAACUCGGUUCCAUUCCGUUCGUCACCACAACAGUGCCCCUUUCGCUACUCACCUUCUCUUGUGAAAACCCAGUCUAUGGCACAACAAAGCAUCCAGAACGAGCAGAUCGGACUUGUGGAGGAUCUUCAGGCGGGGAAGCGGCCUUAAUUGCAGCUAAAGGAUCGAUAAUUGGAAUUGGGAGUGAUGUGGGAGGGUCUAUUCGAAUUCCCUCAGCCUUUUGUGGAAUUGCCGGGAUCAAGGUGAGUGGUAAUGAACAAGUUCAAUUCUUGAAUUGCAGUCAGAAAAAAACUUUUGCCCGAAUCCCUUUUUCGUGGAAAAAAUUGAGGCAAUUGUUGUUGCAGUAGAUAAAAGUUAUCACAAUAUUUAUUCCAUCGAUUUUUUAGCCCAGCCACCGCCGUUUCUCCAAGUUCAGCAGCCCCGGUUCAGUCCCCGGCCGAUCCCACACUUACGCCUCGAUUGGCCCCAUGGCCACAAAUAUCAAAGAUUGUGCUAGACUGCUUCAAGCUGUAUGGUCCAAUGAUUGGUUCCACAAACACGAUCCGUAUGUUCCACCAAUCAAUUUCAACAACGAAAUGUAUCUAUCCAAAAAACCCCUGAAAAUUGGAUAUUAUGUGGAUGAUGGAUGGUUCAAAGCAACGCCGGCGGUGGAAAGAGCGGUUCUAGAAACUGUGGAGAGCUUGAGACAAUUGGGACAUACUGUUGUGGAAUGGAAACCACAUGAUAUUUACAAGGCACUUCAAUUGGUUUUCAAAGCGACUACUUUUGAUAAUGGAAAGUACCUUCAUGACGCUAUUUUGAAGGUAAGAUGGGUUGGAUAGGGACUUGAGGGCAGUAUAGAGAGUUUGGGGCGCUUAGGACUUUGUGUUUUGGGAAACUCAGCAAUUUUUGACCAACUCUGCCAUGGAUAAUAUAAAUUUUGUCUAAAAUUAUAGAUUGAGGUUUCUAAUUGAUAUGAAUAGGUUGAAAAUAUCUUUAUUACCCUUUAAUCCGCCGAAAACUCUGGUUUUGUAUAAAACAGAUCGUUAUUUACACGUAUGAGAACAUGCAUUUUCAGGAUCUCCCAGUUGAUGGCUACGGCCCAAUGGUCCGUCAAUCCAGUCUCCCUGUGUGGUUCAGAAAGUCCGUCAGCUUCUUAUUGGGCAAUAUCUCGCCCAGACUUGCCAAUGUAGCCGGAGCUUGUCACACCGACCUCAGCGAUCUUCGUCAAACCAAUUGUGGAGUAGAACAAUAUCAAAAAGAGUUUGCCCAGAGGUGGAUUAACAAUGGUUUGGACUGUUUGUUGUGUCCUAUUAAUGUAAGUGGCCUUUUUUGAAUUCUGGAUAUCAAAAUCUUUUAUUGGAUGCCUUUUGACGACCUUCUGACCUUAUUUUAGGUAAUAAAAUAUGGCAUUAAAAUAAUUUUUUGCAGGUGUGUCCCGCCAUGCGUCACAAAGAGCCGUAUAAACUCUUCUCAACAGUUUCCUACACAAUCCUCUACAAUGGCCUCGAUUAUGCGGGCGGAACGGUCCCAGUGACCAGGGUAACUCAACAAGAUUGUGAUAAGCUCAAGGACUACCCAACGACUGAUUCUUGGUACAAAGCGGCCAGAAACUCCGCCGCAGACACCGUCGGACUCCCAGUGGGGAUUCAGAUUGUCGUCCCACCAUACAAGGAAGAAUGUGCCCUCAGGGUUUUGGGAGAAAUUGAGGAAAAAGUCAAGGAAAAUGGAACGUUUGUAAGGUAA